AUGGUGUUUAUAAAUUAUAGGAUGAAGAAAUUCUUCCUUGUGUUGUCUAGAGACAAAGCUAGUUCUUCAACUACGGAUAUUGCUCCCAACUCGACCAAUGAGGGUGUUAAAGUUGUUGAUUAUAAAUUGUUGGAAACGGAUCCAGGAAUUAGGCCUCCAAUUUCAAGCUAUCAUCCUGACAUCCAAGAUGAGGUACGUAAAGCUUACUUGAAAAUUCGUCGUCAUCAACCUCCUAGCAACUUUGUUUAUCCUUGGUCUGAUUUUCGUGGAACAAGACGUCGAUUUAACAAGAAUUGGUUUAAUUUGUAUGAUUGGCUUGAAUAUAGUGAAUCUAAGAACCUAGCAUUUUGUUUGCCAUGUUUUUUGUUUAAAAAUGUGUCUAAUUAUGGUGGGGAUCACUUUGUCGGAGAUGGUUUUGGUGAUUGGAAGAAUCCCCGAAAAUUGGCUAAUCAUGCUACUUCCAAUAAAUCUCAUGUUGAUUGUGUGCAUAUGGGUUAUGCUCUCAUGAACCCAAACCAAAGUAUUAAGGCUGCAUUUGUUAAUCAAACUAAGCAAAUGAAUGUUGAAUAUUGUGUCCGUGUUAAGACAUCCCUUUUAGCUACUAAGUAUCUUUUGAGGUGUGGAUUGGCAUUUAGAGGAAGUGAUGAGGCUGAUGACUCUUUAUACAAGGGGCCAUUUCUUGAGUUGUUGGACACUUUAAAGGAAAACAACUCAGAUGUAGCUACUAUAUUAGAUUUUGCGCCAGGAAAUAGCUUAAUGACUUGCCCUAAGAUUCAAAAGGAUCUUGCUUCUGCUUGUGCAUGUGAAAUAACUCGAGAAAUUGUUUGUGAUAUUGCGGAUGAUGUGUUUUGUGUUUUGAUCGAUGAAUCUGGUGAUGUUUCUGGUAGAGAACAAAUGGUUGUUGUUCUUCGUUAUGUUGAUGGUGAUGGUUUGGUAAAAGAGAGAUUUCUUGGUAUUACAAGUGUUAAAGAAACAAGUGCUAAGUCACUUAAAGAUGCACUUGAGACGAUGUUGUCUAUAAAUGGAUUGAGUUUCUCUAGCAUCAGGGGACAAGGGUAUGACGGAGCUAGCAAUAUGCGAGGUAGAUUUGGUGGUUUGAAAACUUUAAUUCAAAAUGAGAAUCCAUCUGCGCAUUAUGUGCAUUGUUUCGCACAUCAACUUCAAUUGGCACUUGUUGCUUGUGCUAAGACUCACAAACCUGUUAGUGGUUUUUUCGGUAAGGUCAAUAUGCUUGUUAAUUUCAUACGAGCUUCUAACAAGAGACAAGAAAUGCUCCGGGACAAACAACUAGCUCAAUUUGCUAAAUUGAUUGAGGAGGGCGAGAUAGAGACCGGUAGUGGACUGAAUCAAGAUUCAUCAAUUGCUCGAGUAGGGGACACUCGUUGGGGAUCCCACUUUAGGACUCUCACUAGUUUGGUGACUUUGUAUGGUGCCAUUGUUGAGGUAAUUGUAGAAGUGGGGAAUGAUCCCUCGUUUGAUAAAUUUGGUGAAACUGUGCUUUUGCCUGAUGUGCUUCAAUCAUUUGAUUUUAUCUUCAUGUUAUAUAUGAUGGUUGAGAUUUUGGGAAUUACAAAUGAUUUGAGCCUAGCACUACAAAGACGUGAUCAAGAUCUUUUAAAUGCUAUAUCACUUGUUAAUGAUACCAAAAAACAAUUACAAGAAAUGAGGAAUGAGGGGUGGGAAGACCUUAUAUCUAAGGUUGUGACAAUUUGCACUAAACAUGAGAUUGAUGUACCUGAUAUGGAUGCACCAUAUAUGGAAGGAAUGAAACCUAGUGUUUUAGAUCUGCAAUUGCAAGAGCUUAAUGCUAGGUUUGAUGAAGAGAAUACCAAACUUUUACAAUGUGUUUCAUGUUUGAGUCCUGCAAAGUCAUUUUCUGCUUUUGAUGUGAACAAAUUAUUGAGGAUGGCUGAGCUUUAUCCAAAUGAUUUUGUAGAUGUGUCGGAAGUGGAGUUGCGCAGACAACUUCAUAAUUAUGUUAGAAAUGUUAAAUCUGAUCCAAAAUUUUCAAAGUUGAAAGGGCUUUCGGAUCUUUGUGCAAUACUUGUGGAAACAAAUAAGUGCAAGACAUUUGCUUUGGUUUUUAAGCUUUUGAAGUUGGCUUUGCUCUUGCCGGUUGCAACUGCAAGUGUUGAACGUGUUUUUUCAGCUAUGAAGAUUGUGAAGAGUCAUUUACGUAACAAAAUGGGUGAUCAAUGGUUAAAUGAUCGGCUUGUAACUUUUAUUGAAAGAGAUGUUCUUUUCACAAUUAGCACUGAUGUUAUUCUAGCUCAUUCUCAACAAAUGGAUGGCAGACGAUUUUUAUUGUAA